AUGUCCGACACGCUCUCGUCGAUCGCUUCCUUGAGGUCCUCCCUCACAGCCGAAAGCACCCCCCUCCCCGUCCGCUUCCGCGCCCUCUUCUCCCUCAAGCACCUAGCCGUAACCGCCCCCUCCCCCACCUCCCCCGAAGCCCUCGCCGCAAUCGAAGCCAUCGCCGCAGCUUUUACCUCCCCCUCCGCCCUCCUCAAGCAUGAGCUCGCUUACUGCCUGGGCCAGACCCACAACCUCGCCGCAGUCCCCUACCUGAUCAAAGUCCUCGAAGAUCUCGCCGAAGACCCCAUGUGCAGACACGAAGCAGCCGAAGCUCUCGGCGCGCUAGGCGACACCGGAAGCCUGGAGAUUUUGAAAAAGUACAAACACAGACAAGAAGAGGACGUCAGUGUAAGGGAGACUUGUGAAAUCGCCAUUGAGAGGAUAGAGUGGGAGAGUAGUGAGGAGAGAAAGAGGGAGAAGCUUAGGCAGAGUGACUUUGCCUCGGUCGAUCCUGCUCCUCCCAUGCCCCAAGGCGAAGAGACACAGAGUGUCGAGGAGCUGCGCAAGACGCUCAUGGACACCACCAAGCCCCUUUUCCUCCGAUAUCGCGCCAUGUUUGCCCUUCGCGAUUUGGCGUCUCCUCCUGAUCUCCCGACUGCUGUCCCGGCUGUUUUGGCAUUGGCCGAAGGCUUCGCGGAUAACUCUGCGCUUUUCAGACAUGAAAUUGCUUUUGUUUUCGGGCAGCUGUCGCAUCCUGCUUCUAUUCCCGCGCUGACUGGUGCAUUGAGCAACACGGAGGAGGCGUCGAUGGUGAGGCACGAGGCUGCCGAGGCGCUGGGCAGCUUGGGUGAGGAGCCCGGAGUGGAGGAGACGCUCAAGAAGUUCUUGCACGAUAAAGAGAAGGUGGUGAGGGAGAGCUGUAUUGUUGCGCUGGAUAUGGCCGAGUAUGAGAAGAGCAAUGAGGCGGAGUAUGCCUUGAUUCCGGAGGUCACUGCUUAA